UGGGCGAGAUCCGGCGUGUAUUUUACGUUUGCAGCUUGGACGAGCCCCGUGUCACGUGGUCAGGGACCCCAGCGCUGGACAGCGCAGCUCCGAGAGAGUUUCCAGUAUGGCUUCUGCCCCGACUUCUAAAUAUAAUUCACACUCGUUGGAGAAUGAAUCUAUUAAGAGGACUUCUAGGGACGGAGUUAAUCGGGAUAUGGGUGAGGCUGUCCCUCGACUUCCGGGAGAAACCCCCAUUACUGACAAAGAAGUUAUUUACAUAUGUCCUUUCAAUGGCCCCAUUAAGGGAAGAGUUUACAUCACAAAUUAUCGUCUUUAUUUAAGAAGUUUGGAAACGGAUUCGGCUCUAAUACUUGAUGUUCCCCUGGGUGUGAUCUCAAGAAUUGAAAAAAUGGGAGGCGCGACAAGUAGAGGAGAAAAUUCCUAUGGGCUAGAUAUUACUUGUAAAGACAUGCGGAACCUGAGAUUCGCCCUGAAGCAGGAAGGCCACAGCAGAAGAGAUAUGUUUGAGAUCCUCACGAGAUACGCCUUCCCCCUGGCCCACAGUCUGCCAAUGUUUGCAUUUUUAAAUGAAGAGAAGUUUAAUGUGGACGGAUGGACAGUUUAUAACCCAGUUGAAGAAUACAGAAGGCAGGGCUUGCCCAACCACCACUGGAGGAUCACCUUUAUUAACAAGUGCUACGAGCUCUGUGACACCUACCCCGCUCUCCUGGUGGUGCCGUACCGCGCCGCAGAUGAAGAUCUCAGGAGAGUUGCGACGUUCCGGUCCCGGAAUCGAAUCCCAGUGCUGUCGUGGAUUCACCCAGAAAACAAGACGGUCAUCGUGCGUUGCAGUCAGCCUCUUGUCGGUAUGAGUGGGAAACGAAAUAAAGAUGAUGAGAAAUAUCUCGACGUCAUCAGGGAGACUAACAGACAAGUUAAUAAACUCACGAUCUAUGACGCCAGACCCAAUGUGAAUGCAGUGGCCAACAAGGCAACGGGAGGAGGCUAUGAAAGUGACGAUGCGUAUCAUAACGCCGAGCUUUUCUUCUUAGACAUUCAUAACAUUCACGUUAUGCGGGAAUCUUUGAAAAAAGUCAAAGACAUUGUUUAUCCUAACGUGGAAGAAUCUCAUUGGUUGUCCAGUUUGGAGUCUACUCAUUGGUUGGAACAUAUCAAGCUUGUUCUGACGGGCGCCAUCCAAGUGGCAGACAGAGUCUCCUCGGGGAAGAGCUCGGUGGUGGUGCACUGCAGCGACGGCUGGGACAGGACCGCCCAGCUGACGUCCCUGGCCAUGCUGAUGCUGGACAGCUUCUACCGCAGCAUCGAGGGCUUUGAAAUCUUGGUCCAGAAGGAAUGGAUAAGUUUUGGACAUAAGUUUGCAUCUAGAAUAGGCCACGGGGAUAAAAACCACGCUGAUGCCGACCGAUCUCCUAUUUUCCUCCAGUUUAUCGACUGUGUGUGGCAGAUGUCAAAACAGUUCCCUACAGCUUUUGAAUUCAAUGAACAUUUUUUGAUUACAAUUUUGGAUCAUCUGUAUAGCUGCCGGUUUGGUACUUUCUUAUACAACUGUGAAUCGGCUCGAGAGAGACAGAAAGUUACAGAAAGAACCGUUUCGUUAUGGUCACUGAUAAACAGUAAUAAGGACAAAUUCAAAAAUCCCUUCUACACAAAAGAAAUCAAUCGAGUUUUAUAUCCAGUUGCCAGUAUGCGCCACCUGGAGCUUUGGGUGAAUUACUACAUUAGAUGGAACCCCAGAAUCAAGCAGCAGCCGAAUCCGGUGGAGCAGCGCUACAUGGAGCUCCUGGCCUUGCGCGACGAGUACAUCAAGCGCCUGGAGGAGCUGCAGCUGGCCAACUCGGCCAAGCUGUCCGAGCCCGCGGCCGCCCCGUCCAGCCCUUCGCAGAUGGUGUCCCACGUGCAGACCCACUUCUGAGAGGGCGCCGGGCGCGGAGGAAAGGGAACGGCCGGCUUUCCCGCGGGGCUCUGUGCGAAGUAGGUGAAGACGGUUGCCUCCACGCAGAACUCAACUAACGUCAUCUUCACCUCUCGAAUACAUGUGCCUUCUAGAAAACGACAGUGUCGCCACGGCCAUCGGAAGAAAGGAGCCCAGGUGGGGUCUUGGAAAUUCCCGACAUCUCCCCAAAGCAGCUUUGGACAGAUAACAUUUAAGUCUCAUUUACCUCUUCAGAAAUACUAUGUGGGCAACAUGUGUUUUGUGGGCUUAAUUGGAACAACGUUUUUAACUAAAGGGGAAAAAUAUAUGCAGAUGAAAACGGAUUUUCCGCAGAUCGCGUAUGAGAGUUGCUGUGGACCAUCCAAGGCGAAUCCCAGCGGGAAAGGUGUGUGUUUCUGCCAAGACCAAAUUGAGCUCAGCUUCCGAGGCAUGACCCAACAGCAAGGUGUUUAAAUAAUUGCCAAACUUCACACCAUCAUAACGGGUGACUUAGGGAGAAAUAGCUGUGUAGAUGAGUUUUCCAUUAUUUUGAAAUUUUGGAAUACAGAGUAUUUUCCCCUAACUUCCAAGAGAAGCAUAUUUUUAUAUUAAAAAAAAAAAAAAAAACCAACAACAAAACCUGAUAGGGCCCAGUCAUAUAUGAUUUGGUUGGUUGGUUGGUUUUUUAAGAUCUCCAGUUCCGCCUUGUAAGUUCUUUCAUGAUCUUGCCUGACAUUCUGCCCCGUUUUCAGGCUGUGACAGCACCCCACCCCCCCCCCGUAGCACUGUUUGAAGAUGUGAGCUGCAUCGCGCUGCUUAGGUGAAUGUUUUCGCAAAUGUUGCUCAACGCAAAACCAGCUUAUCUGCCAAAGGGGAGGGCUGCCAUCCUGGAUGUACGAACACCAUCCUUUGAAAUAAAAGCCUCAGAUGUACAUUCGUGGAGCGUAUUCAUGAAAGUAUUGUGUUUAUGAAUUUCAGUUUCAAUGGUGUUGGAUACCCCCCCCCCAGGCGUGCGAAAAACUGGUUCUACACAUUUUUACUUGAAGUACCCAGCGGUUUGCUUUUUCAGGUUUGUUUUGUUUUGUUUUGUAGUAUUAAAUGCAAUUUCAAAUGCAGUUCUAUUUGAUAUCUGAACUAAUUGAUCCAGUAAGUAUAUUUGUAAACGUUAAGGCUAGCGUUAAAACCAUUAAUGUGUUUUACAAUGAUUUGUAAAGGACUAUUUAUAGCUAAUAUGGUUUUGUUUUCAAUGAAUUGAGAUUAAAUAUAUCUUUGUAAAUUAUUUUAUGUCAUAGCUUAAUGGUCUACCAAAUAAGACAUCUCAAGUGCAGUAGUAUAAAUGUAUAAAUUUUGUAUGUAUAAGAAAAUUUAUUAGACAGUCUCUGGCUUUUUGUAAACGCUGUAAAUAUUUCCUAAAUUAACAAAAGUGUCACUCCCUAAAAAGAAAAAAAGCUAAUACUAAUAGCUUAAAGGAUUUUGUGAAAUUUCAUGAAAAAUGUUUCAUGGCAAAAAAUGACUAGAAAGACCUGCUGUAAUAAAUAUAUUAACUGAACGUA